GGGGUGCCCUGAGGCGGCGCUGGAGCGAGGCGGGAAAGCAGCGGCAGUGGCGCCGUUGGGCCCGAGAGCCGAGCGGGGGGAGCGGCCCCGCCGCCUCAGGUAACGCCGCGGAGCCCUGUGAGACCGGCUUCUCCUCACGGCCCGGCCGCCCCGACCUCCCCUCCACCAUGUCGGUGAAUCCCAUGAUCUACGAGACGCAGUUCUUCGGGUUCACCCCUCAGACGUGCCUGCUGCGCGUCUACAUCGCCUUCCAGGACUACCUCUUCGAAAUGAUGCUGGUGGUGGAGGGCGUGAUGCUGAAAAAGCUGGACGSCACUCCCGGCUGCAAAAUCAGCCCUUCCCAGAUCCGGAAAUGCACSGAGAAAUUCCUGCUCUUCAUGAAGGAGCACUUCGAUAAACUCUUCUCCAAGAUGGAAGAAGUGCUGCUGCAGCUGGUGCUGAACAUCCCUAAGAACGUGCUGCUGCCCGAGGACAGGGUGCAUGAGCAAUAUUCCUACAGCAAGGAGGAAUUCCAGGCGCUGCAGGAGGAGCUGCAGCAGCUGCAGCAGCAGUGCAGGGCCGAGGCGGCCGCGGGGCAGGCGCUGCGAGCGGAGCUGGAGGAGCAGAAAGCUGUCAAGRCCGAGCUGGAGAAGAUUUUGCAGUGCUUUGAUGGGCUUGAGAACAUCUGCAGGGAGCACGGCGCCGGCAACUUCAAGGAAAGCUUUGCACUCCUGACACAGAGCUCUAAGAAACUGCAGGAUGUGCUCAGAGAUGUCGAGGAGAAGAGCAGAAAGAUGAAGCAGCACGAUCAGUUAGCGUAAUGGAAAUUCUGAGAAGGCAACAGAAGUCAUACAGAGAGCUUAAAGUUACAAGGGUUUAGCUUUCCUUUCUACGCUCAUCCUGCCAGGAUCUCGACUAAAAGCUGUAGAACUGCUACAGUUUCAAUCUCCCUCGGGUAGGAGGGGGGGAAAAAGACUUUAAAAUGUAACUCGGAUUUGUUAAAUUUGAGAAAAUUUUGGAUUGGGAUAACCUAGCAGUGGAGGUCCCUUCCCUGCCGCGUAGUGUUAUGUUUGAACACAAUGUAGCACUUGCCCUCUUUUAAGGGUUAUUAAAACGAAGCUUCACUAGGACUUGUGGGAAUGUGUAGGUCGUUUUUUCCAGCCUGAGGCUGGUGCAGGUAAUGGGGUCAGGAGGACAUGGAGGCUUUGCCAAUUGCCAAGGCGCUGCCUGGCCCUGGCUGUGGUGCCUUUCACUGUGUUUGGAAAGCCACCAGGGAGGAAGUGCGUGGAGAAGGAUGAUAGAGUGAUGCUGCUGACAAGGCUCUGAUGAGACCUGUUGGAAUCAAACCAAAUUUCAGCCCAAUUUGUGGAAUCUUGGGGCUCCUCACACUCCCUCCACCUGUGUUUGUGUUUCUCUCAGCACGGAGCUGCUGGUCCACAGAGCAGAAGCCUCUGGAGGAAACGAGCAAUUCCAUCACUAUGUCCUACUUCACCUUAUGUUGCUGUAUAUAUAUAUUUGUUACGUUUUAUUUUUGUUGCCCAGUGUCCUGUUUCUACUAAAUAGCAAAGUUCCUUGCAUUAAUCAGAUUUUCCUGUUAAAAUGUUACAAAGACUGAUAAGCUCUUAUAAGUGACUUAACCAACCUUAUUCUCUCUGUACUGAAUUAAAUAUCCCUGUCAGUCUGUGUAUCUUUCCACUGCAUUUUUUUAUCUUCUGUUUAGUCCUAUCAUUAAAUAUCAAUAAUAAUUUCUACUUUACUAGCAUAGAGGUUUAAAAGGCAAUUAACCCUGUGAGUCAUUUAGAGGUGAC